AUGUCAAGCUGUCAGAGGGUCGCAAGACCCCUCGCAAGGUCAUUGCGACAAGACAGACUCAUCCAGACUUCUUCAUUAGCCAUUCGGUCAUUUAGCCAAUCCGUAGCUCGCCGAGAUGAAACCACCACGACCACGACACCUCCAUCAGAGGUGCCAUCGAGCUCAGCAGAGCAGCCGAAAGCACGCAAAAGACUAGAUCCGGAAACUACUACAGAAUAUUGGUCUGAAAGGAAGCUUUCGCGCAUGGGAACACCACCAGUCGGAUCCCGUCGUCGUCGAGCCGCCAUCAAGACCUCGGAGAACAUCCCGUUCGAACAGUUGCCCUACCAAUGCUUCCAAGAGGCCCGCAAUAUCCUGCAGCAGGAUCGCAAGGAAAAAUUGGAGGAUAUUGUGGCCGAGCUGGCCAAGAUAAGGAGGUUGGAAGCAACCCCCGCGGAUCAAUUACCUGGCGGCGAGAGGAAGAAGAACCUGCGACUGGCUAGCUUGAGAAAGUACGUCGAGGAGCUGAAGAUUCUGGCGGAUAUCAAUGACCCCGUUGUUAAGCGGAGGUUCGAAGAUGGCCUCGGGGACAUGAACAAGCCCAUCUACCGGUUCCUCGCUCAGCGCAAGUGGAAAGGCUACCCCUUUCGCCACGUCACACAGCGUAUCCAGCAGUUGAACAUCGUACCCGAUGUGCUCCCCAAGUUCGAACCCACUGCUGAUGUACAGUUGUUCUUCCGCCGAACUAAGGUUGAAACGGGUGAAAUCCUAAACAGCUUGAAGACGGAGGUGCCACCCCGCCUCAAGGUCCAAGUCUUCGAUGCUGGCGAGCGUCUAGUGUCUGUCGUGGUCAUGGACUCAGAUGUGCCUAACGCUGAGACGGACAGCUUCGAGCGCCGUUGCCACUACCUCGCUGCUAACGUGCCCAUCGCUCCUGCUCAGCAAUCACUGCCGUUAGGCAGGGUUAACCAAAAGACCCAGCUAGCAGUGCCGUACCUGCCGGCUUUCUCUCAGAAGGGUGCGCCGUACCACCGUCUGUCUGUGUGGGUGCUUCAGCAAAAACCUGGCCAGACCCUAGACAUUGUGCAGUUGCGUGGCCUAUACUCACGCCGCGACGGUUUCAGCUUAAAGAGCUUCCGCGACAAGUUUGAGUUGAACCCAAUUGGCUUCAGCCUCUUCCGUACCGUGUGGGACGAGAACACGGCAGCUGUCAUGGAGCGUGCCGGCAUUCCUGGUGCAGAUAUCGAGUUUAAGCACAAAAGGGUAUACUCUCUCAAGGAAGAGAAGAAGCCGCGUGGUUGGGAAGCCAAGAGACAGGGUCCCAAGUACAAGAGCUUGUGGAAGUACACCAAGAGAAUCCGUGGACAGCCCCGUCGAUGA